CAAACAUGUGAGUUUUUUUAAAGAACCUCUCAAGGGUUAAACACACUUCCUGGUACUGCUAGCCUGUUGCUAGGAUACAAAAAAUGCUGGGUUCUCCUGAGUCCUACGCUUGCAGAGAUUUUACCCAGAAAAGAUACAGCUUGAAGCUCAUGAAGCUUUUUUGCUUCAUGAUCUCCCCACUAUGCCGUUCAUCAAAACACCUCCAAAUGCUCCCCCACGUUCAACCCUGCUGGAGAAUAAGUCCAAAAAAUGCGGCCUGCGUGUUACCGUAUACUCCGUCAAUGGAGAUGAAUACACUGGGGAGUGGCUGAACAACAACAAGCAUGGAAGGGGCACUCAGGUGUGGAAGACGUCCGGCGCCAUUUAUAACGGAGAGUGGAAGUGUGGAAAGCGUGACGGAUAUGGCAUCUGUAGUGUACUUGUAGCCGACACAAAGAUGUAUGCAAAAAAGUACUGUGGUGAAUGGAGAAGUGGGAUGAAGCACGGGCAUGGUACAUACUUUUAUGAUAACUCUGCAGUGUAUGAAGGCGAGUGGAGCAGGGACCAGCGUUGUGGAUGGGGAAGAAUGCUCUUCAACCAUGGAGACGUCUACGAAGGAGAGUGGAUGAAGGAUAAAGAGCACGGCCUGGGUGUCAUUCGAUAUGCAAAUGGAAACUGGUAUGAUGGGUCCUGGAAAGAAGGCAGGAAAAGUGGACAUGGGAAGUUCUACUAUUCCGACAAAGGUCAGCUUUAUGAAGGCCUUUGGGUCAAAGGCGAAGCUAAAUGUGGAACAUUGUCAGAUUUUGGGAGAGACGAUGCACCAAGACCCACUAAGUGUCCCAUCCCGGAGGUAAAACUGAAAGAUAUGAAGAUGGUUUUACAAGAAGCACAGUCCGCACACCUUGAUCCUCCAUGUUAGACAGAAUAAGCUCACCAUACAAGCUGUACACUGACUACUCCAAGCUCAUUCUGCAGCCUGGUGAGGUUGGACAGCUCCUCCAGCUCCUGGAACUGUCUGUCUGUCUUGUGGCUGACCAAGGAGCGGUAGAAAUGAACGGCGAACAUGAUGAACACCAAGCCGAAAGGCACCAUGAUGGACGUGGAGGUGAUGGCGGCAGCCACGCCGGCGGACAUGCUGUUGUUGCUGGACUUGCUGGGCUUGAUGGGCAAGAACUUGACCCAGCAGAGAAGAACCACCUCGGCCAGGAACAGCAACGUGCCGAUGACCGUGGAGAAGCCCCACGCCAGCUCUAUGUGCCGGUGCAUACGCUCGUGAGGGGACUCGUUGACCGAGUUGAGGUUGUGGACGUUGCUGACGGCCUCGAUGUUGGGCAGAAUGCAGGUGCUGACCAUGAGGGCGAACAGAUGCACGGCCACCAGCACGGUGGUGCAGGCGCUGAAGGCGAUGAGAAGUGCGGGCGGGUAUGGGUAGCUGUUGUCUAGCUGCACCUCCACCAUUGCUACCUUCAAAGACAGCAGAUGACAACAUGACCAUUAGUGAUCUAGCAAUAGUGGCAGGAAAGCGCUGCCCCACUACAUCCAGCAGAGGGUGCUGUUUUUUCCUCUAAAUUCGUAAUAUAAUUUGGUGGUUAGCUACUUAUUACAUUUACUAAAUCUAUGACAGAAAUAGUCUGACUCGGGAACUCUGAACAAAUCAGAAGUCAAGCCUGACCAGAACUAAAACCUUACAAUAAAUGUGCCUCGAAAGUUGACACUUGU